AUGCGAUUCAGGACGUGCGUGACCAUAGGCCUCAUAGAGCCACCCAGGAAUCGCGGGCUAAUGGAGCUGAACAACGACUGCCUGCUGAUGAUUUGCGAACAUCUUUCGCUGGGGGACCAACUGAGAUUGAUGAGGCUGCAGGAGGAGCGACUAUCCAGUUUGAUACUCCGCCUGUGGAGCAGCAGAUAUGCCAAACAGUUCGAUUUUCGCCGGGAGCUGCAUUUAAAGUUGCUUGAACCAGAUGAGCAGGCUGAAAUAUUGGAUCACUUGGGUCAGCGAACCAGAGCUUUAAUUAACCUGCCAGGAACUGGCGAAGGUUGCCGGAAGUGGCUCAAACGGAAGCGAAGAAGCCUUAAUCAUUUGCAGAGGCUCAGUUUCACCAAAAGCAAUACCUUUGUGAUACAGAAACUACCCCACCUGUGUCCCAAUUUAGUGGACCUUAGGCUAGGUGAAGGUGUGGACUUAACACCCCUAGAAAUGGAUUACCUACUGUUAAACCUCAAACAUCUCAGAGUAUUUGAGCUGCGCUCCAACCGAAACUGCAGCCAAUUAAAGUACCAGUAUCCCAGAAAACUGGAAACCCUGCGACUGCCAGCCUGUAUGGUAAAUACCAGCGCUCCUGAGAUCUUUCAAUUGCCCAGACUCCGUGAACUGACGGCUUUUCUGUGUCAAAAAUCGGGGCAGGGUCACCUGGCCGCUGAUGAUGAUGAUGGCAAGGCAAAUGCCAGUGCCACUGGAACUUUGUCCGCCUGCCUGCAGCAAAUUCGGGGUCGCAACUGUCGGAUUGUGGGACUCCGAUUGCAGUGUCGACUGGAUGACUGGCUGCUGCCAGUGGCCAUAGCGGAGGAUGUGUUCCGCUUGCAAUCCUUUGCCUGGCACUCGCAGCUGACGGUGCACUACGAUGUGGCGGAUGGGAGCGUCAAGUGGAUGCCGCAGCGACCGCAGGCGGUGCACUCCCUCCUCCGCUUCCUGGCCACCCAGGCGGCCAGUUUGCGGCAAUUGGAUUUCACGCGUAACGCACUUGCCACGCCCACAUUCCUCGCCCAGCUGGACGCCCACUUGAAGCGGGCCGGCGGAUGUCCUUCCACCCAACUGACAAAUACGGAUGCGAAUGCGGAUGCGAGUGCGGAUGCAGAUGCGGAUGUGGAUACGGCUGAGACAAACGAUUUGGCGUUUGUCGAGCUGGAAUUGCUGCAUUUGCCUAAUGAACAAACGGAAGCGAACACCGGAGAGAUGACAGCGAUGAGGGAUUAG